AACGUCAUAACUUUAGCUGUUGUCAGAAGAAUAAAAACAUCUUUCUGGAUUUUGUUCUAGAGAAUUCAUUUUUUUUCUUUUAUCUUAAAAGAAAAUGUCUGCAUCUAACAUUGCAGCAAGAGUGGAAACUUGUCUUUCAUCUAUGUGGCAUGUUGAAGUUCCUUUGAUAUGGCUAGAAGCCUGUAUUAAUUGUAUCUGUGAAAAAAAUAGCAGUAGUAACUUAAGUCAAGCUAAGAUUAACAGACAGAUACUUGAGCAAUGGCUUCUUGCCGAUCUAAGAGAUUUGGAAUAUCCCAUUUUGCCUGAUUGCAUUUUAGAUGCUCCCAAAAGAGAGUUGUCUGGCUUCUACUCCAUACAGAUUGAUUCACUGGUUGAUGUUAGCCAACCAGCAUGUUCACAGUUGCAGAAGCUCAGAGGAGAAAAUACUGUAAAUGAAGAAGUAACAGCCAACACUUGAGCAUCCCAAGAAUCCUGGGAAGCAAAGUGUACUCAAACGCUGAUGCUGCAACUAACUGAUGGGAUAGAUCAAAUUCAGGGCAUAGAAUAUCAACCAGUCCCUGUUCUCCAUAGUAAUCUUCCUCCUGGAAGAAAAAACACUGUACAGGGGAAUAUUGCAUGUUGUCUUGGAGGAGUCCUUCUUCUUAAACCAGAAAAUGUGAAAUUCUUGGUGAAUGAUGAAGUGGAGGUUCUUAUAGUGCAGUAUACUCAGGAAAAAGUCCUUGCUAGAUUAAUUGGGGAAGCUGAGAACCUUAAUCCUGUUGGACAAACUGAUCAUGAACAAAUUGUUCUAAGGCCUGUAGAUGAAUUAGGACAAACUCUAGGCCCUUCAAAUGAAGAUCUUUUAGCUAGUCUUGAUGAAAAUCAUGAAUUUGCUUUAAAUAAUGUAACACCUUCAGAAAGCGGGUACUGCAGUAGAAGUGACAAUUUUAGCACAGCCUCAGGUUUGCUCACUGCACAUGAUGAAAAUGUUUUGUAACAAGAAUUUGGAAAUCCUUUGCCUCAUUCAGAUGAACAAAUUUCAUCUCCUGUGGAGUGUUGAUGGCUUUUUAAAUUACUUUGCUUUGGAAGAUUACUUUCUUCUGGAAGAAGAGAUCCAAAGAGAGCUGGAACAAGUGCUGUCAGUGGUCAUGAAGAGAAACAUAGAUUUAAUUACUGAGAGGCUUCUACAUAUGUCUAGAAGUUCAUGUGAUUCAUCUUUAAAUGGCACUUAUGAAA